UUCACUCUUCUUGCCUCUCCUUUUCCUUUUUUCAACUUCUUCCAUCAGUUCUGCCACUAAUAAACACCCAAAAGGUUUCAGCAUUGACCUCAUUCAUCGUAACUCACCAUUAUCACCCUUCUAUAACUCCUCCAUGACCCACUCGGAGCGCGUCCAAAACGCUGCGUUAAGCUCCAUUUCUCGAGCUAAUCGCUUUCGCCAGUCUCAUGUGGCUGAAACAAGUGAGUUAGUAGAAACUGAUAUGAUCCCAAUCCUCGAUGGAGCCUACCUCAUGAAGAUCUUCAUUGGUACUCCGCCUGUAGAGAGAUGGGCUAUUGCAGACACAGGAAGCGACCUUAUUUGGUACCAAUGCUUACCUUGUGCUCGGUGCUAUCGUCAAAACACACCGUUGUUUGAUCCUAAAAAUUCAUCCAGUUAUAUGCCUCUGUCAUGUGGCUCUGACCUUUGUAAAGCUCUACCCAAAUAUCUUGUGCAAGUUCAAGUGUAUCCUAGAUGUGGAACGUCGAAUGAGUGUACGUAUUUUUAUGCGUAUUUGGGUCGCUCAUACGCUAUGGGAGAACUGGGUGAUGGUGGCCAAGCUGUUUCGUUUCCUAAGACGGUGUUUGGAUGUGGACACAACAACCAAUUGCAAGGAACUUCUAGCGUGUCCAUCGCAGGGCUUGUCGGGCUUGCUCAAGGGGGUUUGUCAUUAGUUUCUCAAAUGGGUAGCAUAGGUCGCAAAUUCUCGUACUGUCUGCCUCCUUUCAGUGAAAAUACCAUAACUAAACAAAGAUUUGGGGAAGAAACCACCAUAUCAGGAAAUGGGGUUGUCUAUUCGUCCACUCCUUUGAUAACCAAACCUGGUACCUUGUCGUCGUCUUACUUCCUCAACCUUGAAGGUAUCACCGUCGGACAACAAAAAGUGUCGUUGACAAGUCAAAGCGAUGGAAACAUAUUCAUUGAUUCUGGAACGACAUUGACAAUGCUCCCACCAAGCUUUUAUGACCAGGUUGAAGCUUUGGUGAAGCAAGCCAUCGGAGCCGACCAAUUCAUAGUACAAAACAAUCAGUUCAAAUUGUGUUACACAAAUGCUAACUCCAUCCAGAAUUACCCAAAUUUUGAGGUUCAUUUUACGGGAGCCAACCUUUCCUUAAAAACACAGAACUUCUUCCUUUUCAUAAACGACGAUGUUAUGUGCUUUGCGAUGCUUCCCACUGAUUCAAAUGGAAUAUCCAUUUAUGGAAACGUGGCUCAGAUAUAUUUUGAAGUCGAGCAUAAUCUUGAUCAGAAAAAAAUUUCUUUUGCGCCUGUCGACUGUGCUAAUAAACAGUAA